GCACUAAGCAUUCGGUAAGAGAUCAACUAACAUGAAUUUUAAGCUGUUGCUUAUUGCCCAGCUAUUGGCGGUCACCUGUGUACAGAUUUGGGCUUACGAUGACAAGGAAGCACUGGACGAUGUGCAUCAGCUGGCAACGACAACUGUGCCCGAGCCUGCGGUUGAGGAAGAAGCAACCGCACUUCCUGCCGAGGGGCUGCAGGGGCUGGGUGAUGGCGUGGCACUGAUCAACAAAGCAACUGCCUUGCCGGAAACAACGAAUCCUAGUGUUGAAACCACUGUCCCCACCACAACAGCAACGACUACCACUGAGGCGCAAAAGGAAACCGAUUUGUCUCCUUUUCCUACUUAUCAGCUACCAUCUUAUCCCCAGCCACAUCCAUAUGGAUAUGGAUUUCCUUUUCCCCACCCAAAUAUUGGCCGUGAGCUAAAGCCUAUCUCCGAGAGGUCCACUGAGACACCAUCCACCGAAGCUAGUUAUGCGGGCUAUCCAGGCUAUCCUUAUCCAAGUUUUCCUAUUCUACGCCCUCCCUUCUCUCCAUAUGGCUCACCUCCUUACCCAUAUCCGCUCGGACGUUCGCCUUAUAUUCCAGGCUUUGCACCUGGUCUUGGCGACGGAGCCAAACCUGAGAAAGGCAAACCAGUUGCUCCUGACGCUUCUGACAAGGGAAAGGAAAACGCCAACGAGGAAGCGCCCAAGCCGCCCGUAGAGCCUCCCAGCUUUGGCUAUCCCCCAGUCUAUUUGAUUCCACGGCGCUUUCCAUAUGCGAGAAACAUCGGAGGCUACGGCGCGCCCUACGGCUACGGACGCUAGUCUAAGCUAUUGAUUAAGUGUUUAUUAAGGCGAUAGCCCGAUUACAAGUUGAAUCGUGUGCAAUAAAUAUAAAUGCAGCAAUUUAUUAUAGUUAUCUC